AUGGAGGGACACCAUAAUCCUUUCAAUGAAACUACUGGUGCUGGCGAAGGCUCCGCCUCAAAAAAGCCCAGUCACAUCGAGACGCCCAUCCCAGAGACCCCAGACAACGGCAGCGAUUUCUAUAACACUCCCUUGGCUGCAGGCACACCGGACAUGGGGAUAACCAAUCUAAAUGCUGGAAACAGCGCAUCUGAACCCUCUACUUCCUUGAAGCCAAGCCAUAUGAUCCCCGGAUUGAACCUUAUUCACCACCCAUCCGGACAAGAAACUGGCUCGGUCUUGACCGAACACACAGUCAAGCAAGAGCAAGAUCAAUCAGCGGGGAACCAUGAAGCGAAGACAGAAAUCAAGCAAGAGGAAACACAGCGCAUCUCCCAGUCACAGUCCACCGAGGUAGUGAUGAAGGAUGAGGCAGAGGCACAAACCAAAAGCGAAACUACUGCUCCCCUCGACGAAGCUAUGCAUGUCGAGCAAGAUACCCGCCAAGGCAAUAUGAUCGAAGCCACUAGUCAGGCUGGCGACGCUACAGAAGGGGACCACCCUGAGUGGGAGGAAGACUCUUCCCCGUACGAGUCAUCUUCAGACAGUUCUGAUUCAUCGGACUCUGAUGAUAGUGACGAUGAAGACUAUCCCAUCCUCAGCGCCGAGGAGCAAGCACAGAUUCUCAUGCGAGCGGAAGGUGGUUCCGACGACGAGGGAGAUGGCAAGGGAAAACAAGGCGGACAAUUGCGGACCGCCAACGAGAUCGAAGACCAGGUCCUGCCUAUCCCUGACGUUAAGAUCACUCCCGAGAUGAAGAUUGUGUUCCUUGGCAAAGUUCAUGCCGCUAUCGAUAAUAAUGUUCUUAUAGAGGCUAAUACCUCUGGAGAAUACCAGGUACUUGAGUCGGGCUCUUUGCUCUGCUCUGAUGACCGCCAGACGAUUGGUGUAGUAGCAGAGACCCUGGGCCGAGUGGAGAAUCCUUUGUAUACCAUCACAUAUGCCACAGCUGCUGAAGUGCAGGACAAGGGCUUAGUCAAGGGCAAGGAUAUUUUCUAUGUUGAGGAGCACUCCACCUUUGUGUUCACUCAGCCGCUCAAGGGUAUGAAGGGAAGUGAUGCUUCCAACUUCCAUGACGAGGAAGUUGCCGCUGAAGAGAUGGAAUUCUCUGACGACGAAGCGGAAGCUGAAUACAAGCGGAAACUGAAGCAGAAGCGACAAGAGCGAAAGGAAGCCAGAGAAGGUCCCAGAGGCAAGAAGCCAGCCCCAGGACCUUCGAAAUUGAACCAGAGCGAGCUGAACUACGACGAUGCCGGAGGUGAGGAGGGCUACACCCCUCUUGCGCGCCCUACCAAUCUCCACGAGAUGAUGACCCGCGAGCCACCAGUUGAAGGUAAUGAGCGUGGCGGGUUCCGUGGUGGCAGAGGCCGUGGCCGGGGUGGUGACCGGGGUGACCGUGGACGCGGAGGACGAGGCAGAGGUGGACGCGGAGGAAGGGAGUGGGAUCAGGACCGUCGUCCCCAGCAGGCCAGCGGCUCAGCCCACGAGUCUCAGCCUCAGCCUCAACCUCAAGCUCAACCCGCUGCUCCCUACGGCCAGCCAAUGUACCAGCAGCCCCAGCAGCCAUAUGGGAUGCUACAGUCCUUCGCCCCAUAUGCGCAAUACACACAGCAGCAAGCCCAGAACCCACAGCAGCCGCAAUUCGGCCAGGGUGGAGCACAACCACAAAUGCCCUUCCAGUUCUCUCCAUAUGCGGCCUUCCAGCAACAACCCAAUAACUUCCAGAACAUGCAACAGGGUGCUCCUCAAUACAAUCCUCAGUCCAUGGCUAUGUUACAACAACAGCAACAAUUCCUGCAGCUUCUGCAACAACAGCAGCAGUAUCAGCAAUCUCAGCAGCAGUACCAACAGCCCCAGUCCCAGCCCCAGUCCCAACCCCAGGCCCAGCCUUCCCAGGUCCAAAGCCCGAUUGUAAACUUUGACCAAGUCAAAGCUCAACUGGAUCUGUUACGAAACCUGCACGGCGGGAACCAGGGUCCUCCUUCCUGA